AUGGCGACGCUGCAGAAGCUGCCCGGGUGCAGAAUGCUGGUCCUGGGGACGCUGUGCCAGAUCGGGGAAGGACAGAUUCGCUACUCGGUGCCAGAGGAGACAGACAAAGGCACGGUCGUGGGUAACGUCUCCAAGGACCUGGGACUGGAGUCGCGCGAGCUGGCGGAGCGCGGGGUCCGCAUCGUCUCCAGAGGUAGGUCGCAGCUUUUUGCUCUGAACCCACGAAGCGGCAGCUUGGUUACCUCAGGCAGGAUAGACCGAGAGGAGCUGUGCGCCCAGAGCACACCCUGUCUGAUGAACUUCAACCUACUACUGGAAGAUAAAUUGACUAUUUAUUCCGUAGAGGUGGAGGUAACAGAUGUUAAUGACAAUGCUCCUCGCUUUGGAGUAGAGGAACCGGAACUAAAGAUAAGUGAAACGACUACACCAGGAUUCAGGAUUCCUCUUAAGAGUGCGCAUGAUGUGGACGUGGGCGAGAACACCCUCCAGAAGUAUGAACUCAACUCAAAUGACCACUUCUCUCUGGAUGUGCGAACUGGGGCCGAUGGCAACAAGUACCCAGAGCUGGUACUGGAGCGUGCCUUGGACCGCGAGGAAGAGGCAGUUCACCACCUUGUUCUAGUCGCCUUGGACGGGGGCAGUCCAGUGCAACCUGGCACCUGCCGUAUCCGUGUGAAGGUCCUGGACGUGAACGACAACGCUCCUGUUUUUACACAACCCGAGUACCGUGUGAGCGUUCCUGAGAAUGUGCCUGUAGGUACCCGGAUACUCACGGUGACAGCCACUGACCCUGAUGAGGGAUACAAUGCUCAAGUGACUUAUUUUCAGGAGCAAGCCCCUGGAGAAGCUGCAGAUGUAUUUGAGCUAAAGACAACAUCUGGAGAUAUAACAAUCACAAAAAGUCUGGAUUAUGAGAAAGCUAAAUUCCAUGAAAUUGAUAUUGAAGCUCAGGAUGGCCCAGGCCUUCUAACCAGAACAAAGGUUGUUGUCACCGUUCUAGAUGUCAAUGACAAUGCCCCAGAAUUUUACAUGACAUCUGCCACUGCUUCUGUUCCUGAAGACUCUCCUCCAGGAACGGUAAUUGCACUUUUCAAUGUACAUGAUAGGGACUCUGGACAGAAUGCUGUUGUCACGUGUUCACUUCCUGAGAUGUUUCCUUUCAAGUUAGAACGGUCAGUGGACAAUUACUACCGACUGGUUACAACCAGAGCCCUUGACAGGGAAGAGUUCUCCUUUUACAAUAUCACUCUAAGUGCUAAAGAUGGAGGGAACCCAUCUCUGUCCACAGAUACCCACCUUUUGCUGCAAGUGGCAGAUAUCAACGACAACCCACCCUCCUUUCCACGGGGGUCCUACUCUGCCUACAUUUCUGAAAAUAACCCCAGAGGCACCUCCAUCUUUUCAGUGCUGGCCUAUGACCCUGACAUUAAUGACAAUGCCCAUGUAACCUACUCUUUAGCUGAAGAUACCUUUCAAGGGGCACCCCUGUCCUCCUACAUCUCCAUCAACUCUGACACUGGAGUCCUCUAUGCUCUCCGCUCCUUUGACUAUGAGCAGUUCCAAGACUUGCAGCUGUGGGUGAUAGCAGUAGACAGUGGGAACCCUCCACUGAGUAGCAAUGUGUCCUUGAGCCUGUUCCUGGUGGACCAAAAUGACAACAUGCCUGAGAUCCUUUAUCCUGCCCUCCCCACAGAUGGGUCCACUGGUGUGGAACUAGCACCUAGAUCUGCAGAACCCGGAUACCUGGUAACCAAAGUGGUGGCAGUAGACAAAGACUCAGGACAGAAUGCCUGGUUGUCCUACCGUCUGCUCAAGGCCAGCGAGCCAGGGCUCUUCUCAGUGGGACUGCACACGGGUGAGGUGCGCACUGCUCGGGCCCUUCUGGACAGAGAUGCUCUGAAGCAGAGUCUGGUAGUGUCUGUGCAAGACCAUGGCCAGCCCCCUCUGUCAGCUACUGUCACACUCACCAUAGCAAUAGCUGACAACAUCCCUGAGGUCCUAGCUGACCUGGGAAGCAUCAGGACCCCUGCCAACUCUGAUGAUUCAGAACUUACACUCUACCUGGUGGUGGCAGUGGCUGUGGUCUCCUGUGUCUUCUUGGCCUUUGUCAUUGCACUGCUGGCACUCAGGCUGCGGCGCUGGCAUAUGUCUCGAAUGCUUCAUGCUUCAAGAGAUGGUUUAGGAGUUAUCCCUGCCUCACACUUUGUGGGGGUGGAUGGGGUACGUGCUUUCCUGCAGACCUAUUCCCAUGAAGUCUCACUCACUGCAGACUCAGGGAAAAGCCACAUCAUCUUCCCUCAGCCAAACUAUGCAGAUACUCUCAUCAGCCACGAGAGCUGUGACAAAACUGACAUGCUUUCAGCACCUCAAUCCCUGCUUGAUGAUAAAAGAGAAGAAACCUCUCAGGUAAUUCGUUUUUGCCAUAUGCUCAUGCUAUUUUGCUAAAUUUGCCCAUUUAUUUA